UAUAUCUGUAUAUAUAUCCCAAAUUCAAAGGGUCUCGCACGGCAAUGGCGCUUUCCACUGCAUUCCGCGAACGGCUCGAGCACAUGGAACUUACCAGAAACCAACGUCUCUCUCUCCUCCAGGCAGAGAAAGAAUGGCAGGCGAACAAGUCUCAGGUCUUGGCGUCGAAGCACGCAAACAUCAGGGCCAUGGAGCAACGGUGCUUGUUGCUCGACCAAAAGAUCGCGUCGCAGAGCUUCAAGAUAUCGGCCCGCAAGUCCGAAAUCGAGACCCUCGAUGCCAAAUACUGUACCGAUUCGGAACAUUGGAGGGUUUUGAAGAGUGAGGUGGAGGAGCUUGGGGAGUUGGAGAAGGAGAGGGAUAUGUUUUACGAAUUGAGGAGCUGUGAGAUGAAGGACUUCAGAGAAAAUGUGGAGAAGUUCGUUGUGGAAUGUCGAAUGCGUGUUGAGGAAUUGAGGAACCGCAUAAAAGAGCACCAGUCAAGCCUUUUGCAAUUCCAAGGUGGCAAUGAACAUUUCUAUAAUUCUGAGAUAGCUGUAGCUGAAAAGAGAAAGUCUGAACUUAUAGCCGUGAAAGAGAAUUUGGAUAGGAACUUGGCUUCUAAUUGCCAACUAAGAGCACAGCUGCAAAAGCAGCUUCAGAAUAUAUCAUACUAAUUGGACAAAAUCAAGAGAAGACUCAAACAGCUAGUUUUUUUUCAUCCGAAGUAAUAAGGGGGCAACAAAAAUUGAAAGCUUUAUUGUGUACGGCAUAAGGAACGCCAAAACCUUAGCCUUGAAAGUAUAACUGUGUGCAACUGUUCUUAUCACUGAUAGUAUCAUGAACUUUUGAUGCUUCAGGUGGGAAUUUAUCACUUCUCAUCUUUUGAGGAGUGCUACACGUACCUCUACGUAAUUAAUCCUAACAUGACAGUAACUAUUAAAUGAAAUAAGAAAUAAAAGUAUAUGUACGUUCUAUUUA